AUGUCUGCCAACAUCGUGAAUGCGACAGGGAUAGAAUGCCUCAUACAGCAGCGCUAUCCCGGCACCUCUCGCGAUGAAGCCUAUGUCAGACUCUUCGAUGACCUGAAGCCUCUUAUGAAUCCUGCUGCGGUAGGAUGGCACAACUUCAUACAAGCCCUUGCAAUUCUCCUCAACAAGCCAGUUUAUAGUCUCGCUGAAUCUGCAGGUCGUACAGCCCAGCGCAUCCUUGGAGCCGUUUCUCAGAACACUUCGGAGACGUCCCAGCCCGUCAGAAAUAAACCAAAUGACAUCUCGGAUCAGACGAUGAUACAGAUACUCCGCAAUCUCGCAGCGGCUGCCGGGGAUCUUCCAGAAGUGGUAUCAAGUACCGGUUCCGAUGGCAGUGAAGAGUACAAGAUUCAACACAGCUCCGAUGGGUACGUAGCUGGAAUCCACCAGGAUAAUCAAAGCCAACAGGUCAUUAACAAAACAAUAAACAGCUUCUCUAGAGGCGGACCCCGAGUGUUCAGAGUCUUCAAUAACUCCUUCAAUGCUGGGCGUGAAUUUACCGCCGUCUUUGCUACCUGUGCUCUGUCGACUACGGCCCUUACUAUACAGACAAAAGCGAAGGAGUUACGGGCCAUCGGAUUAAACCCCAAGGACAUUCCUGAUGAGACAAGCUAUCAGGCGACACCAAUGGUCCAGGGCUGGAAGUUCCACGGCUUCGGAUAUUUCAUCUACAAGUUCGUCGACAAUGAAACUAAGACUGUUGGCGGAGGAAAGGCCGAUGGACGUCAUGCCUUUUAUGUCUUCAAUCCGACAACCAGUGCCAACGAAGAGUUCAGGACACAGGUCCAAAAGAGGCCCUUACAAGCCUCAUUUGGCGGGAUGUGCUCCGAUCUCGAGGCUGUUUUCCUUCUUAUGUGGCAAAACCGUCGGUCGCUUCGAAAGAGAGACCCGGAAAAUGCAGAUAACGUGAUAUUCCACUUGCUGGUUCCGGCAAAGAGGACUUUCGCUAUUGCAGAGAGAAUGACCAUCGAUGAUGGAGUGGGGAAGCUGAUAAUUAAAGGGCAUACGGACGAAGGUGCCUGCUAUGCGUGGUUCAAUUUUGUAUCAUUGCCACAGCAAGUGGUACUACAUGAUGUCGGAAACCUUAACAGAGACUCUGCCGAUCUCGACAGAUCAUGGAAACGUGAGAAGAGUGCGCCAUACUUUGCUUGGCUGUGUUUUGCAUCGUUGGCAGUGACAUUGAAGUAUGGCGUACUGGAUGAACUGCGAUGGAGUUACCGAUCUCCUCCUCGUACUCUCGGUCCUCCGUGAGAGGUUCGUCGAGAAAGAAACAAAGAUUGAUAUGUAGUGACUUAGCGAGAAACUGAGAUGUGGUAGUUGCUUGGCUCCCUUUCGAAGAAAUUGACCGUUCUGAGAAAAUUGUUCUGGUAGUCAUCGUAGAGGUAGCCGAGGGGACUUCACAUAAUGCUAAAAGUAUACUCGAGUGGACCCACGAUUAUUAACAGCACCACCAAGGUCCU